AUGAUCACGCUCAACCCCCAAACGUACACUUUCAAUGAUUGUGGGAAUGUCCCUGUGUAUUCAUUACUGCUUAAUCAAAAUUCAGAUGGAGAUUUCUGGGAAGCAUGCAGCACAUGCAAUGAAGCAAGCAACACCUUCAGCCAGGUCUCUGCCCCAAGCAAUUACCAGUGCACUUAUGUUGGAGGAAAAGAGUAUGAAUGUAGCAAGACACAGAACUUCAGCUUUGGUUGCAAUACGAGAAAACACGAGUGUGCUCACUGUGCCCAGAACCUUUACCAUGACAACAGGUGUGGGAAAGUCCCUCCUCAGUGCUCAGAGCUCAUUGCCCCUCCAGGUACUCAGAGCCAAGAGAAGCCUUGCACAUGUGAGGAAUGUGAGAGAGCUUCCCAUCCAACUGCAAGUCCUCCUGGACACAGGGGAGCUCAGCCUGCAAGGGAGCCACGCAAAGUGAAGGAGCGUGUCCAAGCAUGGAGUUCUGCACCCCUUUCUAAACAGGUCGGGUACCACAGUAGUGAUCAACACGACAAGUUUAAAGAAUGUGGCAAAACUUUGAAUCAAGGACCACCCCCUGUUAAGCAGCACAGAAUUCAUACUGCAGAGAAACCCUACAAAUGUGGACAAUGUGGCAAAUCCUUUAAAAAUUGUUCAAUCCUUUCUAAACACCCGAGAUGUCAUAGCAGUGGGGAAACUUACAAAUGUAAAGACUGUGACAAAGUUUUUAAGAAUUUUUCAAUCCUUACUCAACAUCAAAGGAUUCAUACAAGAGAGAAGCCCUAUAAAUGUGAAGAAUGUGGCAAAACUUUUACUAGUAGGGCACACCUUGCCCAACACCAGAUAAUUCAUACUGGAGAGAAACCCUACCCAUGUGAAGUAUGUGGCAAAGCUUUUAAUAAACAAUCAUGCCUUACUCGACACCAGAAAAUUCAUACUGUAGAGAAGCCCUACAAAUGUGAUAAAUGUGGGAAAGCUUUUAGGUCUCAUUCAUGCCUUACUCAACACCAGAGAAAUCAUAUUGGAAAGAAGUUCUACAAAUGUGAAGAAUGUGGCAAAGCUUUUAAUAAAAAGUCAUACCUUACUCAACACCAAAGAAUUCAUACUGGAGGGAAGCCCUACAAAUGUAAGGAAUGCAGCAAAGCUUUUAUGUGUAGUUCAUCCCUUACCAAACACCAGAGAAUUCAUACUGGAGAGAAGCCCUACAAAUGUGGAGAAUGUGGGAAAGGUUUUACUCAAAGAGUAGGCCUUACUCAACACCAGAGAAUUCAUACUGGAGAGAAGUCCUACAAAUGUGAAGAGUGUGGGAAAGGUUUUGAUCAAAUUGCAUGGCUUACUCAACACCAGAGAAAUCAUAGUGGGGAGAGGCAGUACAAGUGA